AUAGUUGAAAUUUAUAUUCCGAUAAAUAGUUUGUUAUUACAAAUAAUGACACGACCCGAUCCGAUUAAGAUGUCUUCUCGUUGAUAAUUAUAUGAUUAGACACAUUUUUCCAAUAUUCAGUUAGUUCCUUUUAUAAGUAAAGCGACUAGUGAAAGAUGAAGGUACUGAUAGGAUGUAUUAUAUUUGGCUUAAUAAUUCAAGUUGUAACUGCUAAAUCAAUCACCAAAAGAGACUGCUGCUGUUCAUCAUUAUGUAAUUGCAAUAGUAGGCCUUGUAAUUCAGGCAACUUUAAUUGUAACAGUGAAUGCAAUUUCGAAUAUUCCGAUUGUAGCAACGAUCUGUGUAAAAACAAAUCAAAGUGUAACCAAAAAAACAAACCAUGUAAUGAUGAUAACGAAGAUAAAAAUCCAGACGAAGUUUUACCAGUUUUAGUACCGUUUCCACAAAAUUUUCCAACUAUACCGAUUAGGUUACCAGAUGAUGCAACAAAAAACAAUACAAAUAUCAGUAACGCAACGGUAGAAUUUACUCUAACAAAUAGCGUUAAUACCGUUAAUAAUAUUAGCAUACCGAUAAGUAUUAAUUCGACAAAUCAAAAUUCGGUCAUUAUACAUUUGACCAGAACGACGGAAUAUGAUUCAAUAGAACAAAAAUCGCUAGACGGAAAUGAAGAUCCAAAUUGUUGCUACGGUAUUGGGGAAAAGUGUGCAAAUAAUCAAAUAUGCAAAGGAGUACCAUUGGAAGCGAUUCUACCUCAAUCUACUCCAGAAUCAACAACUAAAAACCAAAUAAUUCACCCAGCAGUGCAAAAUGCAAUUGUAUACCAGACUCCAGUGAACAAUACAGUUGCAUACCAGCCUUCUGUGAAUAAUACAGCUGUAUACCGGCCUCCAGUAAGACUAUUCUUCGGACCUAUACCUUUACAACCAUCGCCUUAUCCCUUUCAAUCCCCUUGUGAAGCCAAGUCAGGAUCUGCAUGUAGUUCGUCUCAAAAUAUAAUUCCACCAUUUACUCAAUUUCCAUUCCUAUCACCAUAUCAGCCAUCGUCCCAAAUAUCAUUCCAACCACAAUAUCAACCGCAACCACAAAUUUCUAUACAACAUCCGUCAUUACAGCCAAGUUUUACUCAACCAUCGAUACAGCCUUCAGCGAAUUGUGGGUACGGAGGUCAGCAAAUAAUAUCACAAUUGCCGUUUCCAGUUUCACCUUGUGGUCAAAUGAACACACAAAACAUUCCCGUAUUUCAACCCAGAUCCAAUUCUUAUUAUAUUAAGCCGGAUUGCUUUUAUCAAAAUACUCCCUCAAAUCAACCAUCAAAUAUUUAUCUUCACUGUAUAGCAUCUACUAGGAAUCCAGCUUUAUAUCAACCAAAUAUCCCUUUCCAGCAAUUUACUGGAGUGUAUGGGGUGCCUCAAGAGGUACAGAAAUCGACCCAAACUGAAAAUCAAAAUGCGCUAUUACAGCGUCUAUUUACAGCGCUGCAGCAACAACAGCAGGGACAGCAACAGACAUUUGUACAAAAUUAGUAGAUGUAGCUUUACUUAGAUUAACAGUAAUAUUUUUGUUAUUAGUUCAAAAUGGUAUUUCAGUGUUACUACUACAAUAAAUAGUUUUCAACAGAA